UGAGGUCUUAGACAAGCAACAGGAAGAACUGUAGUCGAGUCCUUUCGCCAGCGAUGGACGUGCAGAUGGAGGACCACGGCGGCUCCUCACACGAGGAGAAGUUCCGCGUGUACAAUGAGGCGCUGGUGCACGCAGCCACAUGUCCAGAGUCCAAGUGCGAGGCGCUUAACGGACGCUGCCACAAGGUCAAGGCCAGUAUUGACCACUUUGUGCGUUGCUACGGGCCUCGCCGCAAAUAUCAACCUAUUGAGAGCUGCGAGAUGUGCUCCAAGAUCUGGGGCUUGCUCUGCUUCCAUGCCAAGACGUGCCAAACACCUCUGGGCCAGCGCUGCGCCGUCUCGCAGUGCGACUAUCUACGCGACAAGAUUGCACGCAAGCGAGAGAGCGAUAGACGCGAGCUGCAGGAGGCUAAAGCCAAGAUAAAGGACAAGUUUGAGGAGUGGCCUGUGGAGCGACGCAUAGCGCAGGUGGAGGCUGACAGACAGCAGGUCAUGCAGCUCAUAGCCGACAUCCGCGCGGGGAAGACGCGCCAACCGCAGAUGGUACAAACUCAGCAGCAACCCAUGAUGUCCAUGAGCUGAGAGCGCGUGGGAGAGGAGAAGAAUGCUAUGCGAGGAAUUCUACCUGAGGGUUGCUUUCUCAUGUCUCGUGACGGAGCUGCAUUUUUUGCCUCAAGUUGCAGGAGAGUCGACGGUCCCGAGGUCUUACGAAUGGAAUCUUAUUUGCUUUUUUUAUUUUAUAUUGAUUGAUUAUCUAAAGUUUGUGUGCAGUUUACUUGAUGAAGU